AUGGUUGGUAAUUACCGUAUAGGUGUCGACGUCGGUGGUACUAACACCGAUGCGGUUAUACUUGAUGUCUCUUCCAACUCAACACGUCCGAUCCUGGCAACACAUAAAUCACCUACGACCCCUGACGUGACAACGGGUAUCCAAGGCGCCAUCGAACAAUCACUUCGCAAAGCUACAAUCGACAAAUGCAGUAUCCAGGCGAUAUUUAUCGGUACAACUUCUUUCGUCAACAGUCUCAUAGAAAGAGACGCGUCCAAAUUGGAGAGAGUUGCUGUGAUACGGCUUUCAGGACCAUUCAGUAGACUCGCUCCGCCCUUCGUGUCUUUCCCUUAUGAGCUUAGACACGUAUUGGAAGGACCAUGCUUCUUUGCUGAAGGGGGAUUGCAGGUGGAUGGGUCGGAAAUCACUUCUGUUGAUCCAUUGGAGAUAAGAGGAAUCUGCGAGGAAAUUAGGAAGCGGGGAACCAGGACAGAAGAGCUGGUCAGGGAGAUACUAUACGCGGAGAUACCAGGUGUGAAAGUGUGUAUAAGCAAAGAAGUAGCAAAUAUAGGGUUGUUACAAAGAGAGAACGCUACUAUUCUCAAUGCCGCUUUGCUGGAAUUCGCUCAAUUGACCGUAUCAGGUUUCAAAGAAUCUACUCGUGCACUCCACAUCUCUUGCCCUUUGUUUCUUACCUCCAAUGAUGGUACGCUCAUGACAUGCGAGAUGGCCGCUAAGUUCCCUAUCAAGACUUUCUCAAGUGGACCUACCAAUUCCAUGAGGGGCGCGAACUUCUUAGCUAGAUUGGGGGAUCAGCAGAGGAAGAAGGAGACGGCUUUGGUCAUGGACGUGGGGGGCACGACUACUGAAAUCGGUGUAUUGUUACCCACUGGCUUUCCUCGACAAGCAUCAGCGUAUCACGAGCUCUGCGGUGUCCCACUCAACUUCUCCAUGCCUCAUGUUUACUCUAUCGGAUUAGGUGGCGGCUCUCGAGUCAGAAAGGACUCAAAUCGUAAAACAACUAUCGGACCAGAUUCAGUGGGAUAUAGAAUACAUGAACUCGGUAGGGCUUUUGGCGGUGACAUUCUCACCACGACGGAUAUAGUCUUUGCUGCUGGCAGAGCCAGUUCCAUUGGAGAUCCAGAGCUCGUCAAGGACAUCGCUAGGGAGGAAGUAUUUGCGGCUCAAGAGAAGAUCAGGCAGAUGAUCGAAUCUGCUGUAGACUGUAUGAAGACUUCCGUUCAGGAUAUCCCUGUCUACCUUGUAGGUGGAGGAGCGAUCUUGGUACCCGAUGAGCUCAAGGGGGUCAGUACAGUCUAUAGACCCCAGUUCUACGAUGCUGCGAAUGCGGUUGGAGCCGCCUGUGCUCAGAUAUCAGGAGUUAUAGAUACGUUAGAAGAUACAUCAAAGCUCUCCAUUGCAGAAGUACAGAAAAUAGUAGAGCAGCAGAGCGAGGCUAUACCCAUAGCAUACACGACUGGUCGAUGUCGGUUCUACGUCAAGGCCGCAGGAGAAUGGACAGGUGCAGCCGACAAUUCCGAACAAGGUGAUACCGCCAAAUUAUUAUCCCUUGGGACUCCUCGUACAUGGGACACUCAGUCUGCAGCGAAACCAGCUAAGGUCGCCAAUGCGGAUAGAAAAAUCCCUGAUAAGGAUCACUAUUUCACGGCUGAAGACAUCAUCAGCUACAAACCCAGUGUGACGAAUGGAGAAUGGACUUUAUCUGAACUUGAUAUCGAAUGGAUAUCUACAGGAUGCUACAUCCUAGGCACAGGAGGUGGCGGAAACCCCCAUAAUGUUUACCUGGCAUUGAGAGAGAUGUUCCGAGCUGGGUCCACCUGUAAAGUCAUCGAUAUACAAUCUUUGGAUCCCGAUAAGGUAGUGAUGUAUGGCGGAGGGAUUGGUAGUCCCGAAGUAGCUGCAGAGAAAUUACUAUCAUCGGGCUCUGGAAAUGCUGCUAAGUCCCUUUUGAAAUUUAUGGGUUACGAGCAUAGCAAGCUGGGUGCCUUGUCAGCCUUAGAAAUUGGUGGUGGGAACGGGAUGGUAGCUAUGAUAAGAGGAUCAAGUAAAGAUCUCAACGUACCUAUCAUUGAUGGUGAUUUCAUGGGCCGAGCAUAUCCAACCGGCUGGCAAACCACUGUGAAUGUGUAUGCGACAGAUGAUCAGGCUUCGAUGGUCUUACCAACAUAUAUGAGCAGCGGUGAUGGGACAGAAUUGAUUCUUACCAAAGUUAAGCACUACAAAGAAGUCGACUCAAUCCUACGAGCAGCAUGUAUGGAGAUGGGCACAUCUGCUCAAGUUGUCGCUCGACCGUUGACCAAAGUCGAGUGCGAGAGAGCCUUGAUUAGGAACACGGUAUCUCAGUCAUGGCGCAUCGGUCGUGCCGUAGCUCUGGCGAACAAACAAGCCAACAUAGAUAACAUCGGAUCGGUAUUGGUCAAUGCUUUAGGUGGAUCUGAUGCUGCUAAAGUCCUAUUUGAGGGAAAAAUAGUUCAAGUUGGCAGGAGGUUAUACAAAGGUCAUAGUUAUGGGGAGAUCGAGAUACAUGCUAUGGGCGGGGAUGAAGCGACGGAAGAUCCCAACAAUCCCCAGAGAAAGUUCAGGGUACCUUUCAAGAAUGAAAAUCUACUCGCGGAACACAUGAUUAAUGGCAGAACUGAAGUCGUUUGUGGUGUUCCAGACUUGAUAUCGGUACUGGACGCACAGAAUGGUACAGCUCUUGGUACACCAGAGUACAAAUAUGGUCAACGGGUUAUCGUGAUUGGUAUAACAGCCGCACCACAAUGGACAGAUACUCCCCAAGGUCUGGAGCUCGGCUCCUUAACGGCGUUUGGCUAUGACUUACCAUACAAACCUCUGGGAACGUACGUUAAGCCUCGAAGUGUCACAGAAGAAUACGCGGCCUAG